AUGCGAAGUGAUUCUCCUCUGUCGAGCGUCAACGUCGUGCUCGUUAUGGCCUUUGGAAGUCUGGUGUUUGUCCUGCUGUUUAUCUUUGUGAAAAGACAAAUUAUGCGACUAGCCAUGAAGUCUCGACGGGGACCCCACGUUCCCAUCGGUCACAAUGCGCCGAAGGAGCUUAGGCAAGAAAUCGAAGCCAAAUUGUGCCAAGUCCAGAAAAUCCACUUUGAGCCUCGUCUGCUGUCUCCAGAGGAUGAGCGCCUCAAGUCUGGUGGCUGUGAGUACCAGUACAGGAUGAGGGCACUGGAUGCCAUCCGAGAUACAGAUUUCCCUUUCUGCAACCUGGGUGGAUCGUCCAGCGCCGUGACAGGGAAACGAUUCCGAACUUGGCUCCUACAGCUCAAAAAUUCCCACUGCUUCUUCAGAGACGGCCAGAAAGGUCUAAUUGACACAGUGCUGGACGGCUAUAACAAAGCACGCCACGGAGCUGAGACUUUUGGUGAAGCAGAACUUUGUAAAUACCAGGAGGCUCUAACUGAACUGGCUUCUAUCAUCAAGAGCCAGAGCAGAAGCGGUAGUAAUAACAGUACAGGCAGCCAACGCCACCAAACCGCCGCUAAAGACUUGACUGCCACCGCCGAGCCCGUUAGCUCCUCCUCGCCGUCGUCCCGGGCCCACCUCGCAUUGGCGGCGCAGCAGCGCAUCAAGCGUACCAGGAAUCUGCUGGAGCUCAAGAACUUUAAGGACAAGUACAACACACUAGACAGCACUUUGUGA